AUGGAAGACCCCUCGGCAAAAGCGCAGAUCAUUCCACUGGACAGAAUGCCCCAGCAAGCUGGCGUUCGGAGAGCUCAAGAUGAUUGGACUGGAAUCGUAAAUCGGACAGAAAGAAGGAAAUUACAGAACCGACUCAAUCAGCGACGCUACCGGUUGAGAAGACAAAACAAUCAAGCGGAAUCGCAUGCUGUCGUCACUACUGCUACUUCCUCUGGCGCAUCCUCCAGUUCGUCGAGUAUCGUCAUGCUACCGCCUGAUGUCCAAGCGGGGAGUGAAGAAGUCUUCGAAUGCGCACAUGCCCCUCCAAAUGCAUUGCAAUUCCGUGAACGCUUCAUGCAACUUGCGUACCAAAGCUAUAUUCAGGGUUCACCUAACAGGGAUCACUUGAUCAGUCUCAGUCGGCUAAAUGUGCAUCAAGCCAUCAACGAGAACAUUGCUGCAAUUGGAAUGACAACCGCGUGGAUGCAAAGCGAUGAAUCAAUCUCAAUCUUCAAUCUCCAGCAACCCAGUUUUUCAAUCGAGAAGAUUCCGCCUUGCUUACGUCCAACCUCUCUUCAAUUGCGUAUUCCCCACCAUCCUUGGUUGGACUUUUUCCCAUUCCCAAACAUGCGCGACUGCAUGAUUCUUGCUGGCGACGCAUUCGAUGACGACGAUUUGUGCCAUGAUCUCAUGGCUUUCUGGGACACCAAAAACACCGCCGCUACAUUACUUGUAUGGGGAAACUCAUGGGAGGCGAAGAACUGGGAAGUCACCGAGGCAUUUGCACAUAAGUGGAAGUGGUUGCUCCGUGAUUCACCUGAGCUACUAGCUUCCACAAACUUUUGGAGAAAAUCAAGAGGAGAGAAGCCGAUUACCUGGAAAUAUAUCUUGUCAGAUCCAUAG